AAGUUUGCUGUCUUACAUGGGGGUGGUGGCACCCUAAAAUCAUGGCACUGGCAAGGCCAGUGAUCCCUGUUCACAGGUCACCAUAACAGACGCAGAGGCACGGAAAGCGCAUGGGCUGUUGGGCGCGUCUGCCUCUCGGCAUUCCUGAGGGGGACACGCCUUCUGUUUGUGAAAAAUAUGCGUGUCUGCGAGACGCAAUAAGGCGCAGCUGGAUGCAUCAAGAUCUGCCUUAUGUGUUUACCUUGUCCUCUUAGUGCUUGCCUCGGGGAUGACAUUUUCCAAAUCUUGCCCUUUUUUUAAGGCCUCUCCCUGGAGGAAUGUCCUCAGGGCUGAGCUGGAUGGCUGGGUGGAAAAAGGGGGAUCAAAAAGGAGCCCCAGGAGCCAGUCUGAGAGCUGUCUGUGUGGGUGGAUGUAUCUGUUAAUUCUUGGUGGAAUUUGCUCACUUAUCCGGCAGACUCGGUUUCUCCUCCAGUGCACUUUGCUCCAUCUCGAGCCUUCCAUCUGACAGACCAUGUGUUUGCAUCCACCGUCUUCCUCUUGCUUGGAGAUGUGAGAGGCCGCUGCUGGGGACGGUGCUGAGUCAGCAGAGCAGACUUUGCUGCCUGCCCUGGUCACCUGUUCUCCGCGCUCACCUGUGCCUCUCUUUUCCAGGGGCGAGCACCCUGCUGAGUCUGCUCAGCUCCCCAGAAGUGCCCCAGGUCUGGGGGGACCCAGGUGCUGGAGGCCACCUCCCACUCACACUCUUGGGCAGCCGGCCAUGCGGGGAAGAGCCAGCUGAGGGCUCAGAGCUGCCCUGGAUCUCGGCACUCAACUGGGAGACAGCCCCUCUCCUCCUCCCUUCAGGAGUUCUCGGAGACUGCUCGGCCAUGACCACGGCGCGGUACCGGCCCACCUGGGACCUGGCGCUGGACCCGCUGGUCUCCUGCAAGCUGUGCCUGGGGGAGUACCCGGUGGAGCAGAUGACGACCAUCGCCCAGUGCCAGUGCAUCUUCUGCACCCUGUGCCUGAAACAGUACGUCGAGCUCUUGAUCAAGGAGGGGCUGGAGACUGCCAUCAGCUGUCCGGAUGCCGCCUGCCCGAAGCAGGGCCGCCUGCAGGAGCGCGAGAUCGAGUGCAUGGUUGCGGCUGAAAUCAUGCAAAGAUACAAAAAGCUGCAGUUUGAAAGAGAGGUGCUGCUGGACCCCUGUCGGACGUGGUGCCCAGCGUCCGCCUGCCAGGCCGUGUGCCAGCUGCAGGAGCUGGGGCCGCAGACCCCCCAGCUGGUGCAGUGCAAGGCCUGCGACACGGAGUUCUGCUCUGCCUGCAAAGCCAGCUGGCACCCCGGCCAGGGCUGCCCUGAGACCAUGCCCAUCACCUUCCUCCCUGGAGAGAGCAGCUCCGCCUUCGCCCCAGAGGACGACGAUGCGCCCAUCAAGCGCUGCCCGCAGUGCCGCGUCUACAUCGAGCGGGACGAGGGCUGCGCGCAGAUGAUGUGCAAGAGCUGCAAGCACGCCUUCUGCUGGUACUGCCUGGAGUCCCUGGACGACGACUUCCUCCUGAUCCACUACGACAAGGGGCCCUGCCGGAACAAGCUGGGCCACUCCAGGGCCUCUGUCAUCUGGCACCGGACGCAGGUCGUGGGCAUUUUCGCCGGAUUUGGGCUCCUGCUCUUGGUGGCCUCCCCUUUCCUGCUCCUGGCCACCCCCUUCGUGCUCUGCUGCAAGUGCAAGUGCAGUAAGGGAGACGACGACCCGCUGCCCACCUAGGCCGAGGCGGUCGGCCAACAGGACUGCCCCCGGGAGCGAGGUCCGCCCCGCCCCCACCCAACAUCUCUCUUGCCUUACGUGCCCCAUUGAGCUUCACCGCGUCACGCCUGACGCCGCGAUUUCAGGGACUGACGUCAGAGCGCUUGCCGCAGCCCAGGUAGCGCCGGGCUGGGAAGGCCAGGCCGCCCGUCCCUGCAGCCGCCGCUGCGCUUGGGGGGAGCCGGCUGCUCGCGGGCCGUGUUCUCCUGUGGCCACGCGGGGUCUGGGGCUCUGGGCUUCUCUGCAGGGGGCCCCUCUCCGCGUCGGGAUGGAGCUUGGGGCUGAGGAGUCCUGGAGGUGGCCGCCCUCUGCAGACAGCACCUCACUGGUGACUGGAGGCCAGCAUCUGCUCGCGACAGCUGUGUUACUACCGAUGGCAUGUAGGACUCCUUUCUAGAAGGCUUUUCCCCAGCCGAGUAGUGAGAUCAGCAAGGUGCAUCUAAACCAUCCUAUGCCUUUCUUGCAAUGUGCAUUUUGAGAAGUUACUGUUAAAUGACUCUGACCUGGCCGCACUGCAGGAGACGGAGAAAGCCUUAUGUUCUCUGCGUUUCCCUUGGCACCUGUGCCGGCGGCUUGUUGAGCGCCGUCGGCCGGGUCCUGUCAUAAGCGUGGUUCCUGCGUCGCUGCUUGUCCUUGAGAACCCGGCUAAUGGGCAGCUGCGUCACCAGGUCUGCUUUGUGGUUUUUCUCGCUCGGGGCCGACCUCACACCCAGGGUGCAGCAAACAUUGUCUCAUGUCUUCAGGAGCCAAGUGUUUUACUGGGAAGUGGUUCAACUAGCAGUCGGGUUUGGCCGCAGGCCUCGUCCCCCCGUGGAUGAGAGUCGGGAACCGCAGGGCUGACCCUCAGAGCAGGACCUCUCGGCAGGGCGGGGAGAGGCCUGUGUGUUCACAGUUGCUUGAGUGAUGGAGGAGCCACUUCUGUCCUGCACGGCCCACCACCCCGCUGCCGACCUUCUCACCUCACUGUUAUUUUGAUGAGGGAUUUCACCUCUAGGGGCUUUUCCAGACUGUGAGUGACCGUCCUGUGGCUGCAGGAAGCAGGGGUUCAAUAAGACACGUCACUCCACUAACUUCGCAGAGUGGGAAGCGCGGUCCUUAGGGGAGCUGAUCUUCCUAUGGCGUUUAAAGCCGCACGUGCUUUUAGAGACCAAAGUGGUUGCAUCAAACUACAGACGACGAGAAGGCGCGUGGGGGGCAUUAGCAUUAGCGGGGGCCUUGGGACACUGGUGAGCCUUCCACAAAGGGGCGCCCAGGACGAGACCCAGCUUGUAUGGCCGCACUCCUCGCGGGAGGGUGUGGAGAUUCUGUGUCUGGGGCUCGGGUCUAGAGGCCUGUCCCCUUCGCUCUGAGCAUUAGUGCGUGAGGGGAGCAGGAGCGGCUCACUCUCCCGCCCUCCUAUUUAUUUUCCUUGUGAAACCGUGUGGGAAGUCGGUCUGUGUCACAGUCCUGUUGAAUAGUCUUGUAGCUGCCCUUUAGAAUUGAGGCACUGAGAGGACAUUCCUGCGGCCAUCUGCUCGGAUGAGCUGGGGCUGUAAGUCUCGUAGCUGGAGGGGUGACCACAGGGACUACUGGUCCGUGCCUUUUCUGGAGGGGCGAUGACUCCCUGGGUCCCAGGACAAGCCGGGGCUGCCCCUGUGGUCAGCCUGGGUGUGGACACGGUGAUAGGCCUUGCACGAGGCUUGAAGAGGCGGUUCUGUCUCCAGUGACCCCCCUCCCCCGCAGGCCUUCUAUACCCCAACCUGUACUGGCAGCUGCCUGUUGUCCACUGCACUUGACGUGAGUAGCACGUAGUAGGGCCCCUGCCUCAGGCUCGGAUGGGGCCAGCCCUUCCCCAAGGCCUGGGCCCAGGCUGGGGCGCAGCUGCUUUCCUGGUGGGUGAGGCCCUUAGGGAGGAAGGCGCCUCAGCCACGUUCCUCAGGGCCCUGACUUCUGUGCCUUCCCUCCCAGGCUCUGGUCUGGCGGGGACAGGAGGUCAGGGCCGCCAGGGCCCAUAGCGCCCAUACGCCCCGACCCUCCGCAUCAGGCACGCCUUGGUGUGCUGCACUUGACUUCAUAAUUAACGAGGCCGACACUGUCCUUUCUGUGCAACAAUAGCAGCAGGAGCACAUGGGGAGCUGCCGUAGCUGGGGAGCCUCCAGCAGGCCCCCUUCAGCCCGAGCGUUCCCCGUUGCUCACGGGGUGCAGCAUUCACCAGCCGGUGUGAUGAGCGAGCAGCACGUGGGAAACACUGGUUCUGUGUGAACCAGCAAAACCUGGGGGGUCUCUGUCCUGAGCAGGGACUUGCUGACGGCUCUGUGCAGACCCCCUGCGGGCACAGGUACUCCUGGGCUUAGAGAGGCCUUUAGACUCUGGGGAGGGGGGAAGGGGCCCGAGAGAUCGCCACAGUCAGCUCUGUGCUGUCCCUCUGGGGUGACUGCGGAGGACACGGCUGCCCCGAUGUUCCUGCAGCUCAGCAGCCGAGCUCCCCGGGGUCAGCUGAGCUCCCCAGGGUCAGCUGUGGCAGCACAGGGCCCAGUGGACAGCCCCGUCACAGAGACCCACCUAGAAUAAGGGCUGCCAGAACACCCGAGGGUGCGUGGACUGCUGCCCCGUCAGCUCUUCCUCCACCCGCAGGAAGCUGCAGGCACCAGCACCAGCCACGGGGAGGGGCAUCCUCUUCACGCGCCUGCUCGGGGCCUCCCUGACCAGAGUGAGGCCCGAGGGGGGCUGCCGGGUCUGCGAGAGAGAUCCAUCCAGGCGACGUUCCCUUUCCCGCUGAGGUCACACAGUUUGAGUCAUCGACGGGACCAGAGCGACCCCCCUGGUGGCGUGGGGCGUGUGAGGUGGGACGGAAGUGGGCAGCCCUUUCAUGUGUCUCAGACUCUCGCGUAUGACUCAAUCCCCGGACGCACCUCGGCGCGGUGGAUGGUCAAGGGCAGACUUCGCAAGCGGCACCUGGCGGCUCCUUGAAGGACGCCGACGCUGGCCGAGUCCUCGACGUGGAGCCAAGCCCCGCGGAGCAGCACAGUGAGGGAUGGUGGCCGGUGUUGCCCUCCAGUGCCAAGAACCGGGCCGUGCUGGGGCCCCGCGGCCGCCGCCCUCCUGCCCCCGCUAGAGCGCGAGGCUCCGGUGUCCCCCGCGGCCCCCCUGGAGUCCUGCCGUCCUGUCUUCCAAACUCCAGGGCCCCCACCCCGCGGCGCCCGCGGGCCUGAGCCGCGCCGUCGCUGUUGCUCCCGGUGCCCUGGCCUCUGCAGGAGGGGGUCCCGCGGCGGUCGCCAGAGCGACGCUCGUGGGUGGGCGCUGUCCUGGCCGCCCCACUGUGAUGUGGAGACGCUGCGAUGCCUUUGCCUCGUGUUCGUACUUUGGAUCCUCCGGACAGCUGGGGCCGCGGUCCCGGCCCGCCCGCGAGCUGACCGUGUCUCUGUCGCCCGCCUCCCCUCGAGGAGGGGUUUGUUUUUAAUGAUAUUUUGGCUAGAAUACAGGUUACUUUUGUAAAUCCUGUCUGGCUCCAUCUU